GAGAUGCGCGCCUCGACGACAGGAAAGGCGACGACAGAGCAAUCAACGACAUAGCAGUCAACGACAGAGCAGGCGACGACAGAGCAGGCGACGACAGAGCAGUCGACGACAGAGCAGGCGACGACAGAGCAGGCGACGACAGAGCAGGCGACGACAGAGCAGGCGACGACAGAGCAAGCGACGAGGGGGCACAAAACUCGUGUUCCUGGCAUGAUGACGACCUUUGCCGAGCCGACCCUGUGACGGUUGGGGAUGUGACACUAUCGUGCGGCUGGGAGCCGCUUCUCAGCAGGAGCAGCCCGCAGAACGCGGACUCUUGCUGGAGCAAACGGUUCAGACGGCUGGGACGGCUACAGUCGCAGCAGUCGCAGCCGCAGCUUUCCCUCUUGAGAGAAUCGCUUUCUUUCUUCCGAAUUACAGUAUCUCCGCGUCAUCCGCCGCAUUCCACGCUCGGCUUCCUCGCGCAUCCCAUCCGCGCACUCCUCGUCUUCCUGCUUCUCCUCUCCGCACCCUUCCCCUCGCUCCCCUCCCCUUUCCCCUACGCCCCCCCAUUCUCCGCCUCCCCCUUCUCCGCCUUCCCCUUCUCCGCCUUCCCCUUCUCCACCUUCCCCUUCGCCGCCUUCUCCCCCGCCAUCCUCGUGGCGUGGGCGCAAGAGGACCUCCCCUCGAUCAUCACCGCGCCCCCGCCGUGCCCGCGCGGGCAGCGGCGGUGCUACGGCGCGCGGAUUGCGACGGCGUGCGCGGAUGGCAGCGCGUGCUUUAGCACGUGGAUGACGUGUGACGGCCACGUGGACUGCGCUGACGGGUCGGACGAGAGCGACGUGGCGUGUGCGGGGAAGACGCCACUGCAGGACGGGGCGGGGGAGGAAGUGGGGGAGGCGGAGGGAGCAGGGGAGGGUGCUCUCUGUGAUGGCAUCAACGACUGUCCCCUGGAGGCUGAUCCCUUGGCUUCCUCCUCCGCCCUCUCCUCCUCUUCCGCUGCCUCCCCCAUGCUUCCCUAUUCCAUCGAUGAACACCCCCUCUUCUGCAGCUUUUUCAUCUGCCCGCCGGGCUACCGGAAAUGUUUGAACGGGUACGUUUGCGUGAGCGAGAAGCUGUGGUGCGACGGUGAGAACGACUGCCCGAGUGUAGACCUGGUGACCGGAAAAUAUAUGUCGGUUAGAGAAGCGGCCAAGGCAAUGACAGCAGUGCUAGAAGCAGCCGCAGCCACAAGAACAGCAGGUUUUGCUGCCGGCAGCGCUUCGACUGCUUCUCACGGAGCAGCUUAUAAAGGAGCUACGCCUGCGGCUUAUACAGAGGAUGAAAACCCGUCCAUGUGCGCAAAGCACGUGUGCGCUGAGGGCACGGUGCGGUGCGCAGUGAACAGUAAAUGCUUGGAUGCCACCCGGUGGUGCGACGGCAUCAUCGACUGCCCCGUUACCAAAAAAGGAAACGUUACCGUAAAAGCUGGUCUGAGUAGCAGCAGCAGCAGUGGGAAGGGGAGUGCGGUGGCAGCAGUGGUAACUGGAGAGGAUGAGGAUCCGGGUGUGUGUGCGACCUGGAGUUGUCCUGAUUGGGGCAGGAAGUGCAGCAACGGAGUGCAGUGUGUGGCUCGCGACCACUGGUGUGAUGGCGUCUCUGACUGCCUUCCAGCCCCCUCCUCCUCCCCACCAUCCCUGCCACCAGCAGCAGCAGCAGCAGCAGCAGUGCCAGCGCCAUCAGCAUCAUCAGCAUCGACUUCACGAGAGGCAUUCAACGAUGAGGAUCCCGCCAUGUGUGUGGCGCUGGUGUGCCCCGAGGGCCAGCGCCGCUGCCGCAACGGCUGGCAGUGCCUGGCGGAGCGCCGGUGGUGCGACGGCAGCAGCGACUGCAUCCACCCCGACCCUGCGAGCAACAGCAACGACAGCAAUAGUACAGGCAGCCGCAACAGCGACAGCAGUACAAGCAGUGACAAGCCUGUUCCAGGGGACGAGGACCCGGUGUUCUGCCGCUCCUUCCGCUGCCCCCCAGGCAUGGGCAAGUGCCGCACCGGGCUGCAGUGCGUGCCGCUCAUUCAGGGCGGCGGAAUCGAUGCCUCCAAGUGCCAAGGUGCUGGGGCUGACAGUGUUGAUCCACAGGAUGCGGGCAGCAACAGUGACUCGCCAUUCGACCCUGGGAAUGGGGCUGCUGACCCGGGCAGCCAAGAAAUGGGCGGCAAGAAAAGAGGCAAAGGGAAGGGGAAAGGUGGUGGUGGUGCAAAAGGCGGGGCAGGCGGGGGAGGGGGAGGAGGGGGAGGGGGAGGGGGAGGGGGAGGGAAGAGUGGUGGGGGGCCUCUAAAGAAGGCAGCAGACGCUGUUAUGAAAGGACUCAAGGGCUUGGGAGGGUCAGGCAAAGGCAAGAAAGGGAAAGGCAAGGGGAAAAAGGGAUGA